CAAACUCGUCUUGAAUUUUUGAAUAAUAAUGUGAACUUCAGGGUGGAGAUGCCAUUCUAAUCCAAUUAAUCCCGGAAUGAGUGUGUAUUAUAUAGUUUUAGCUGGGUUCUUGCUCUUCAUGGCCUUGGUACCAUUCAACGCUGGCCAACAGUACAUCGAUGAUGACAUAGAAGUUGUAUCAUCUUGUCAAAAUGGUUAUGUACAAAAUGCGGGUUGUGAUCAGAAUAGUCAAGUGAACAUUAUUAUCACCGCUACUCUGGAUGGAGUCGUCACUGCACUGGAUGGAGAAACGGGUGAAAUGAUUUGGAGAUACGAGGAUGCACCACUUUUAAGAGGAACGCUGAGCACAUCUGACCCGAUUGACAUUGGAGGAACCAGUUUACAACUUAUGCCAACAUUAGAUGGAAGAUUGUUUUCGUACACACAUAACACAAAUCUCAUUGAACCACUCCCAAUCACUACUGAUUCUCUUCUGGAAUCUACUAUCCGCCUUGGACAGGACGCCGUAGCUGGUGGAAAAAGUGUUACUACCAAAGGUUUUGACUUAUUCACAGGAGAGCAAAAAUAUGAGUGUUCAAUGGAGUCUUGUGGACCCGGAGAUACGGAAACUCCAAAAAAUCCAAUAAUUUUAAUAAGGCGGACUACGAACUCGAUUCGUGCAAUGGACACUCUUCGUGGAAUUGAAAGAUGGAACUUAUCUACAGCUGAGAUUGGUGUCACUUUGGCUGGCGGAAUAACUAGUCCAACAUUAGUUUCUGACGUCAAAAUAUUGCUCCAACCCCCAGACGGAGUGAUUGUUGCUGUUGACAAGUACAACCGCGAGGAAUGGAAAACGAACGUAGAUGGGCACAUUGUUAGUGUUUGGCAAGUUUAUGGAAAUCAAAUCGGAGAGAUAUCCAUCUUCGACCCAAGUAAUAUUUUCACCACUCAAUAUGAAGUGAUGCAGCGUGAACAACACAACUUGCAAACUCAGUCAUCUCUCCUUUACAUGGGUACAUCAAAUGGAUUUCCAUUCAUCAUUCAAAGUCCCAAAGCUAAGAAUAACUUGAAGCAGAGAAUGAACGCAUUGCCAGAGCUUUCAACAAUGACAGAGCUCACGAAUCCUCGAUUCUGCACUGCUAAUGAAGAAACCAGAAGUCUUGCAUACAAUGUGAAGGAUGAAACCUUGCGAUUGGUGCUUCAUAAUGCGUUUCGUCAUUCCCAAAGCAAAGCCAUUGAAGACAAGUCAUUAAGUGGCUCUUCUGCUAGACGGAAGUUACAAAUCAUUGCUUCGGAUACUGAAGUAUCAGCACAGCGGAUUGGAACUGAAAACUUGAGAUCUACUUCGGUGUCAAAAUCAGGUGAUUACGGUUAUCUUGUUUUGGAAUCCGAACCACAAAGAGUCAAAUUCAAAGUUAAUUCUCCAAUCACCCUUAUGCAAACGAUCUUCAGUUAUAUUUUCAACCCGACCGCUGUUGUCAGUUUUCUUGCUGGACUAAUUGGUGUUACUGUAGCGGUGGUAUACAAUAAAAUCGCAAAAAGUUCUCCUCGAAUGAUUGAACACCUAUCAAGCACCGAAAGUGCAGAAACUGAAAGUGCAUCCCACAGAACUCGAACUACGUCGUUUGCACCGACAGAUGAUGAAAUUGAACGAUUUGUUGAAGAAGGAUCAGAUUUGAGUACCACACCAAUUGGAGCAAUACAUAGGAAACCGCUAAUGCCCAUUGAAAAGUCAAACAUUGAGACUCAUACUCAACCUCAAAUAAAGCCCGUUCAACGACUGGUAAAAACUGACAUUGACACCGACGAGGAUUCAUUUUCAAAUGAUGAGAAAAAGCGACUUUUGAGAAAUCGGACGAUUUCACGCUCAAGUCUCGAAGGAUUCACAAGUAGAUUUGCCAACGAAUUUGAGGUCAAGAAGGUCAUCGGGCAUGGUGGUUUUGGUGUUGUGUUCCGUGCUCAAAGUAUUACAGACAUGAACGAGUACGCUGUCAAGAGAAUUGCGGUUGCUGAUAAUGACAAAGCGAGAAAUCGUGUGCUCCGAGAAGCAAGAGCUCUUGCGAUGUUUGAUCAUCCUGGAAUUAUUCGGUACUUCUAUGCUUGGGAGGAAAGGCCGCCGAAGGGAUUUCAGGAAAAAGAAGAUGAGAAUCUUCUUGGGAAAAUAAAAGCUGAAAAACUGGCAAAACUUCAUGAAAUCAAAAAAGCAAAGAAGCACACAAGUGAAGGGAAACGUGUCAGAUCAGCAGACACUGCAUCUUUUGCGGAGUCAUUUGCAAUGCCUCCCGUUGUUGGAAAUACAACUGAUGCUGAGAAUAGUUGGAGUACGUCUGCAAAGCCACAAGAAGUCGGAGCAAAACGCACAACUUCCGAAAGCAAGCUUGGAUUGCAUGGAGGAUCUGACAGAACUACUGCCGAGCUGAAAGAAGAGAGCGUUGCCUUCUCAGAAAGUGAUGAAGAAUCGGACACUACAGAGGAUAGUAGCUCUAGUGAUGAAUCACCUUCCUCAUCUUCCGGCUCUUCUAUUGAUGAUGAGCCCAAGAAGUAUAACUCUUCAUCAGGAGGAAUUGAGUUUGUCGAUGGCUCAGAUGAUGUUGAUAAUGAAGCUGUGAAAGAAACAAAGAAGGAGAUUGCUGUGAUUGAAGAACUCUCAAUCCAUAACAGAGCGAUGAUCGUUGAGACGGAAAAUCAAGAACUGGAGGUUCGAGAAAGAAAUGAUACUGGUGACUGUGCCUAUUUGUAUAUUGUAAUGCAAUUAUGUGCCGAGAAGACCCUUGAAGAUUGGAUCCGCCGCAGCAAAACCAUGGAAAGUCGUCCGCUAUUCACGAUGAAAAAUUGGAUUAAACAAUUGGCGAGCGGUCUUGAAUACCUUCACAACAAAGGAUUCAUCCACAGAGAUUUGAAACCAGGAAAUGUAUUUUUCUCUCUCGACUCAACACAUGGUCAUCAAAUCCUCAAAAUUGGAGAUCUUGGAUUGGCAACUAAAACUGAUGGAGCUCCCAAAAUAACAGUUCGCCAGGAUUCAGACAGCAGUGCAAAGCAUACGAAAAACGUCGGCACUCGAUCCUACAUGUCUCCAGAGCAAUUGAAACAUCAACAAUACACGGAGAAAGUGGAUAUUUUCGCACUGGGACUAGUCGCAACAGAGCUCAUCAUUUCAUUUUCUACUGCUAGCGAGAGAAUUCACACAUUUGCUGAUUUCCAGAAAGGAGAUAUUCCAGCCAUUUUGGACAAUGUGCCAGAGUCGCGGGAUUUCCUUCUCCAACUGACCAGCUUGGAACCAUCAGAACGUCCUACUGCCCAUGAAGUAGCUACUCAUAAAUUUCUCCAAUAACUUCUCAAUUUUCUGUAAAUACCAAAAGACUUGAAUUAAUUAUUUCAUCAGUUUCAACAUUUAAGUAAAUCUCCUUCUCUUUAUCAUUCCAUUUUCAAUUUUCCCCACUGUAACACAGCUGGUAAUUGUAAUUGUAUAUUCAUCUCAUAUUUGAAACAUGACAUUUUUGUAGUUUCUCAUAAUAUUCAAUUUGUUUUUUUUGUAGCUUUUCUAGGUUUCAAUGUUUGGUUUUUUUCUUUUUUAAGCCUUGUAUAGUUUUUCUAAGCUCAUUUGACUUUCGAGUCAUAUCAAAUAAUUCGGUUAUUGUUUAGCAACUAUCUGCUAAUGUUUCUUUCCCCAAUCGGGUUUUAAAUUUGAUUUGUGAUUAAUUUGGAUAAACAUAUUUCAACUUCGCUUUUA